AGUUAAUGGGUGCUGCUGCUCUCCAUCACCCCCGGACUGCUCCUGUUUGUAUUGAAUGCUGCAGUUGCUGAUAAGGUCUGGCUGUGCUGCUGUGGAAAGCCUGUAAAUAGACUUUUGACUGUAGAAAUAUUAAGGCUUGAAAACAUUGCCAUGCUAAAAACCAUCUACUUCAUUCCAUGGAAGCUACUAGAACACAGCCUCUCCACCUUCAAAAGUUCCUGGUUGCUGAGUCCUUUUGGCUGAUGGUGCUUCUACUUAAUGCCAGAGACCAAAUGUGCAAGCCAUGUCCAACCAAUCAUCAAGCGUAACUGAAUUUCUUCUCCGUGGAUUCUCUGAUACAGAGGAGUUGCAGUCUCUCCAUUUCAUCGCUUUUCUAAUCAUUUAUUUGUUGGCUCUUAUUGAAAACCUUCUCAUUAUCACAGUCAUAAUUUACAGUCAUCAACUUCACAAACCCAUGUACUUCUUUCUGGCCAAUCUUGCAUUGCAAGACCUGGGCUCCAUAUCUGUCUCAGUCCCCAAAUCCAUGGCAAAUUCCCUGAUGAACACCAAGACCAUUUCCUACAAUGGAUGCAUCUGCCAAGUUUUUUUCUUUGUCUUUUUCACUGUAUCUCAUUUUUUCCUCCUUGGCAUCAUGGCAUAUGACCGCUACGUUGCCAUCUGCAAUCCACUGCGAUAUGAGACUGUAAUGAACAAGACAGCAUGCAUCCAAAUGGCAAUCAGUGUGUGGACUACUGGGCUUCUCUGUUCUGCAGCAUACUCUGGAAGUACAUUCAUAAUGGAGUUCUGUUCCAAUGAUAUCAAUCAGUUCUUCUGUGAAAUGCCAGCGUUAUUCAAAAUUGCUUGCUCUGAUACAUACCUUAUUGCAUUAUGCAUUCUGUAUGUUACUGCUUCCCUGGGCUUUACUAAUCUUGCUUUAAUAGUUUAUUCUUAUGUUCAGACCUUUAGAUCAGUUCUCAGAAUUCCUUCUGCCCAGGGAAAGCAAAAAGCCUUCUCAACUUGCUUGCCACAUCUUAUUGUAAUAUCCUUCUAUGUUAUAAGUAGUUCAUUUUCCUAUCUAAAGCCACUAUCUAUGUCAUCUAUGUCAUCUAUGGAUCUUGUGGUUUCUAUGUUCUAUUGCAUGUUGCCACCAAUCAUGAACCCAUUCAUCUAUAGCAUUAGGAAUCGGGAACUGAAAAUGGCAUUUUGCAAUUUGACUGCCAAUAUUUCCCCUCAUUUCUUAGCCAUUGGUCAUAUCAUGGAUUUUAGGAACUACCUUUAUCUUUCCAUGAACAAAAUUCUAAAAUUGUAAAGGAUAGAUGAACAAUAUUCUGAAUCCAUCAUUUUUCUGGUAAAUGUAACCUUUUGGAGAACACUCUUGCAAAUUAACUAUAUCUAUUUGUUAUAAAGUAUGGUUUACAUCCAAAUAAGUCAUACUCUGAGUAAACCAAUUCAAAUCAAUAAGCACAACUAACUUUGUUCAUUGAUUUUACUUGGUCUACUCUGAGUAUGACUUAGUUGGAGAGAACCCAUUGUUUUCUAUGGUCAAUAAUGGUACUUGAAGUUUCUAUGCUCUAUUGCACAUUGGAAACAUUUUUGUUCAUCUGAUUGCAUUGUACUUACUUUCUUACACAUGUUUAUGGGGGUGAUGCUGCCUUGUGUCAGGUUCAUGGUAAGUCAAAACUCUGCUUUUCAGCAUGACCAUAUGCAUGUCAUCUCAAAAGUGAGCUCAUAUUGGUCUAAUAAUAGUAUGGCCUGGUUAUCAUCUCAUGGUAACAUAACUGUUUGUCCUAUGGUUGCACAUCAUCAUUAAAGAGGAGAAACCUUAAUCAGAUCCAUAUCCUUAGCUUAGCUGCUGUCCUGAGCUGAGGUAAAUCUCCAAGGAGAAACAGAGUGGCUGCAGUCUUCUCCUAUGGAAGAAGUAUAUUUGCAUGUUGGUGCUAGGCCAUGAUUUGGCUUCAUGUGACAUGCAAACAUAGCCUAUAAAGGAUUAUUUCCACAACCAGGACAAUGGUUUAAUUGGUUUACAAUUGAUUGUAUCCAUCAAUUACUGUCUACUUUGGUACACAUCUUUGCCAUGUUUCCCUUAUUGCUUGUAAAAUUGGUAAUUAAAUAAAAGA